AAACACGGACGCCUGCUUGGUGUUUUGGUAGCGUGUUAGGUUCUGUGUCUACAUUUCUGGACGUCCAGAGUUUUCAACAAGAGGAAAUUUGAAUGUAUGCCCUUGUCGUCGUGGCUGUUUUCUUGGUUUGCCAGUCAAGUGGCCUUACAGACAGCUGGCAGAACAGAAUCAAGCAGAGACCGGCGCCCGUUGUACCGUUCAAGAUUGAAUGGGCCCUAGGAAAAUGGUUUACACAAUCUAGGCAGGAACCAUGCAGUUGGAAGGGGUCUGCUGACUUUCAGAACAUGGAGCUGAACUUCGUACUUGACCCUAAGAAGGGCAUAAUUUACGACCAUUCCAUGUGGAGGGUCGGCAACCGAUGCGUGUAUGUUACAUUUGACGUGCAUCAAACCAAGCAGCCGGGAGUGCUCCUACUGAAAGACCCUCUUGGCGACAUUUUUUCCGGUGAAUCUGUUAUUGUUGCCGUCGACCCGCAUACAUUUAUCAUCGAAUGGGGAUGCACAAAGGUUUCUACCACUGGUCAGAGAUGUGACGAUCCAUGGGUGUCUGUUCACACUCGUGAGCGAUUUCCGUCCCCUAAAGUGUUGGCCAAAGUCGACCUUGCGCUUAUGCAGGCAAUCGGCGUCCGUCUGGCGGAUCUCCCUCGGCUUAGCCAUGCCAAUAUGCCUUGCAGCAAUGGCGGAGGGAAACUAACACAACACGACUUCCUCUAAGGAAUCUGUUGGACCAUUUUGAGAACAGCCUUGUGUAUACAUUUAGAAUUACGCAUGUGAAGUUUUAAUAAUAAACAAAUAAUAUGUAUCAUUUAACUUAAUUGAAAUAUAUUACAUUUACCAAGAGGUAUAUAAUUGUAAAAAAGAUUAAAAUAUUGUAUUUUACAAUCUUAUGGAGUGAAUAUGACCCUGAAGUUAUAACGUAAUAAACAGUGCGUUCCUCA